GAAAAAGGGGCUGCGAGGGGAAAAGGAGCUGCGAGGGAAAAAGAGCUGCGGGGGAGAAAGAGCUGCUGGAGGGCAACAAUCGGAUGCUUUAGCAUCGCCCGAGAGGCAGCGCUGCAUCGUUUGGCUUCGGCCCCGUCAUGGGUACCGGGAUGUGUUCGAGGAGGCAGAAGGGGCUCCUGCAGACCGGGUUCCUCCUGCUCGCCCUGGCCUGUUUGGCCUCGUUUUUUUUCCUCUACAACCACCUGCAGCAGAAGGUUCGGAACGCCGAAGCUCUGGCCCAGAAAUACAAACAGCAGCAGGAAGCGCUCUCUGCCCAGCUCCAAGUUGUGUACGAGCACAGAUCCCGGCUAGAACGAUCCUUGCAGAAAGAGCGAGGGGAACACAAGAAGACGAAGGAAGAUUUUUUAGUGUAUAAGUUAGAAGCUCAGGAAGCUCUCAACAAGGAGAAGCAAGACUCCAUGAACAGAUACGGCGCCCUCAGUUCCCAGCACAAGAUACUGAAGAACCAGCAUGAUGAUGUGAAGAAGCAGCUGCUUGACCUGCAGCUGCAGCACAACAGCUUGAAACUGGAACAUCGGAAAGCACUGGAGACCCAUAGCCAGAAAUACGCCCAGCUGCAGCAGGAGAAGGACAGCGAAGUCACCAACUUGCAGGAUACGGUCUAUAAACUCAGAGAAGAGAGCAAGCUGCUUCGGAAGGCCCAUCAGGAAGUUCACUCACAGCUCCUUAAUGCCCAGGCCCAGAUGGAAGAGUUCAGGCAGCUCAAGGAAGCUCUGCAGAAGAUGCCGAGUUUCAAAGGAGGAGGAGCGGGGAAGGGGCAGCAGCAGUUUCAGGUGCUGAAGGAGCAGCCCGUGGUGCCAGCCAACAGCCAGCUGCAGCUCGGGAGGCAGAAGGCUUUUCCAGUCCAUCAGGAGAGUCACCCUCUGGGGAACCCAGUGGCAUCCCAAGUCUCUGGGGUUCAGAGGCAGGCGGACGGCCCUCUGCUGCAGGGCCACAACGUGUACGGUAACGAUGCUCAGAGGCCACAGGCUGACGUGCUCUUCACCCAUCCAGCCCCGCUGCAAGAUGCCAAUUUGCUGCCCGAGGCUAUGCCAGCCUGGCCCGCCAGACACGGGGAUGGCCACGUGAUCCGAUUCACCCGGACCAUGAACAGUCUGCCAAAUGGGAACCCAGAUCUAAAGAUGGUGAUGCGCAUUCAGGUGAAAAGCAACGAGGAGAGCCAGGCUCCUGGAUUGCCGCUCUCUGAUCCGAAACAACCCUCUGCGGCAGAAAAACCUCCGAUGCCAGGCGACCACCACCCGACAGGGAGCAAAGAGGUGCAAAUGCAAAGCUGGAAAGACAUCGUUCACAAAGUGAAUGCCCAGAUGGAUGAAGAACAAGCUCACGGUCACCCAAAGAGCCUCCGUUUUGAUCCCAAGCCUGGGCAGGAGGUGCAGAAAGGCAGCCCACGGCCACUCUGGCAGACGAGAGGGGAAGAGCAGCAAAUCGCUGGUCAGGAGGGCACGAAGGAAAGGACAGAUGAUGAGGAGCUCGAAAUGGAUGCAGGAGUGAUUGAGAGAGAGGAGAACUUGCCUUCUCAGAAAGACUCUGUGGUCCAGGAACCAAUGAUGCCAGAUGAUGCUGCAGAUCCUGCCCAGGAUCCCAAUAACCAAGGUGAGGAUGAGUUUGAGGAAGCUGAGCUGGAGAGACCUGACUUUGAAGAGAAGGUGGGAGGUUUGGAGAAGUUCAAGGAGCCCAGCGCGAAAGAAGAGUCCAAGGAGAAGCCCCUGAAGGAUGCUGGCAGACCUGCCAAGCCCAGGGAUGACCCGAUGGAUGACUAUCAAGAUGAUCAGGAGCAAGAAAUUGUACGACACCAAGGAGGAUCAUGGAGGUGAGGUGGAUGACAAUGAUGACCUGGAACUUCUUCAAGACCAGAAGGACCGCGCGGGCAUGCAGGGAGCUGACAGCAAGAAGGAUGACUACUACUGAAAGGUGCUGAAGGAAAAUGGAAUAUGCUAGGAACGAGAGGAUGGAACUCCUCCUGGGAACUGGCUCCUGUAUUAAACGCUGCCUGGAACAAAGGCAGGAGGAGGUAACUGUCUUCUCAGGCACGGAGCAGGGUGCUUGGGAUGUGUGUUAUGACAGCUCUGUGCUGGGGCCGUGCCUGCCUUGCCAGUCAAUAGCAUGGAAGUGCUCUCAGACUGUAGGAAUGAUUUUAUCCUGCUGCUUCGCUUAGAAGCACUUAUUGAUUUAUUGUCUUCUUCACCCUCAUGUUUUCCCUAUCCCCUCCCAAGCCGGAGAGUUUUUCGUAUUUUUUUAACCCCCAAGCGGCUGUGGGGGUGCCUGGACGGGUCCUGGGACUUACUCGACUGCUAAUACAAAGGAAUCUGUCUUUGUAAAACACUUUGCUCAGUAGUGUUUCUUUAAAGCAGCCUUUGCUCCCAUCAGAGCAAGGUGGAGAGGAGUUUAGCUGGAUUUUUGUCUGGAGUAAUGCCAGGGUGAUAGCGAACCAUGAGCACCAACAGAAAUGACCACGUGCCAGCCGGUGUCGGGGGGUGUGUGUGUGUAUGAAUGACUGGAUCCUCCUCCUCGUGGUACAAAGACUCUUCCCAGUGAUUUGGAGCAGAAGCCUGUAGUGUUCUCCUUUCCUUGCCUUUGAGCUGUGACUGUGCUCCUGGACCUGGAGCCUCCCCAUCUAACGAUGCGCGUCUCGUGUAGCUGUUGCUGCUGCACCUGCGGUCCCUGGAGGUGUGGGCUGGCCUGAGCAAAGACACAUCACCGGCUGCGAUAGAUGAAGCACCUCAUGGCACAGCUGCCAGUCCCUCCGAAGGGAUGUUCUUUUUACUUUGUGUAGCGUUUUUGUGGAGGGGGGAGGGAUGUCCCCAGUGGGACGUGAAGGGAGUCUGGGAAACAGCUGAACCAUCCACAGCUUAAGGGUUUCAAACGCAAGCAGCAGGAUGGGAGCAGACACCUAUUUCUGUGAUGAAUCACAGAAUCGUUGGGUUAGAAAAGACCUUUGAGAUCAUCAUGUCCAACCGCAGAGUGUGUUAGCAGUGAGGUUUGAGCAGCUCCUGGUGCAGCUGCAGCGUCUCAGCUGAGCCGUCCCUACUCUGCCCUCCUCGCGUUAUCAGCAGGAUGUAUCAGAGCAUAUUCCAGCCUGCCUCUGCCUCUCAGUCCCAUAACCUUCUCCCUCCCUGUUCUCCUGCCAUACCCUUAGCUUUCGGCACCUCCUUAGGUUGCUCAGGAUUCCCAAGCAAUGAAAGACUUGCGAAGGAUGACAUUCUGUGCACAGGACAGGGAAAUAAAGUGAGGAAGAGUAUUGGUUAUGGUAGGUAUGAUUUAGAGCCUGACUAAGGCAAAUCCCGCCUGUUCAGCUUCUUUCCAGUCUCCCGGCACUUGACAGGGAGCUAAAAUAAAUUUUGCUCCUUCUAGAAAGGUCUGCUUUUUAAUCAGCAACUUGGGUACUUAGUGUGCUGUUGAUUCAGGAGAUUGAAAGCUUCACACAGUCUCCAAAACACAUCUUGCCUGACCUCAGCUAGAAAGAGGGAAUGAGUCAGCUGGAGUCCCUGGAAUUUAAAGCGGAGGCAGCAGGAAGGAGACAGGGCUUCAGUAUGCUGUCUCCGAGCCCGGGACCUGGUUUAGUCACACAAACAGGGCAGAGCUGUCACAUCUCCUGCCUCGCGGGAGACCCCUGUGUCUGAGCUGUCUGUCUCCCACUCCCUCAUCACCAUUUCAGAAGUCCUGGACUCUGGGAGUUCACUCACCGAACGCAGCUCGUGGCUGAAUCAUGACCUGAUAAGAGAUCAGAGGAGAGAUCUCCGUUCCCUAUCUGACUUAGUUAUGCUUUUUUUAAUCCCUUGUUUUGGUGCAUAUUUUUAAGCACCUUUAGACACUUAGAAAAACAAUAUUUAUCUCCCGAUAAGCUUGGUCUUCUUCAUUCAGACAGUAUCGGUUUCUUUCUUUUUUCUUCCAGUGGUUCUAAUGGAGCUUGAGACCAACAUCAUAGCACUUUGUGGUUCUUGGGUUCUGUUCUGCUUCAGCUUCGUCCCAGCACAAUCAGCCGUGCGGGUCAGACUGAGGUAGACUGGAGCAGUAAAUGUGGUUGUUGUUCUGCUUGUGGAAGCAACGAGAGCUCUGCUUUUCCAGAUGCUUCGUUCUCUAAAGCUACAGCAUCCGGGCUGUACAGCUGGCCGGUUCUGCUGGUUGGUACGGAGUCCAGUAGCAUCGUGUUGGUAGGACCUCACCGGCCUGAUCUGCUACGUGCUGAAAUUGGGAAGGAUGUAUGUGUGCACCUCGUUGCAGUGGUUUUGAACUGUGUGUUCCAAAACCACGUGAGAAUUCAGAGCUCCUCGCAGACAAACAGUGAUGAUACUAGUUUUUGGGAGGCCAGGAGAGUUCAGAGAGCUCCUGGCUACAGUCCUGCCUGCAGCCGUGCCUACACACCUUAUCUCGGCUAAGGUAAAGGCAGAGCACCGGAGCCCCAGUCGCUGCAGAGCUAUUCUCAGCAGCAGUCCAGCUGCAAACCCACCUCUUAAGAUGAGAAGAGCUUUCUCAGGGCUGGAAAGGAGCAUUUGAUCUGCAGAGCAUUCUCUUUAUACUGCUUUUCUUCUUUUUCUCCUGGUAUUCUCCCAGAUUUCUGAUUGGGAAACGGUCCAGCUUGUAUUUAAAUUAAGCUCUUUCACUGGAGAACUUCAGCAAAACCUCGAUUUAUAAAUAGUUUCCUGGUCUUUCCAUUUUGUAUCCCUCCCUAUAACCGCCUGCUCUUAGACGAGAGGUAUCCAGGCCUCGGUGUGUGCACAGAUCUGCAGAGAAGACAAAAUGCUGUUCUCGGGGCUCUGUACUCAUCAUACCACUUGGAGUUUGUGGGAAGAAUAAGCAUAAGUGCAUCCUUAAGUGCCAGAGGCAGAACAGCAGCCGGAGACUGUCCCAGGGAGUCGAGGAGGAGGUUUGUUAGCCAAGUGCCAGAGCUGCUUGUGUAGCCCCCUGAGGAGCUCACUGCAAAACUGCAGUGGGGUUUAAGAGACCCAAAAUGACUCGAAACGGUUAAUGCUGCGUGAGUGCUUCGUAUUGCCAACCUUGCUGUAUGAUGCAAUACUUCUCAGCCGCCGCUGCCUGCUAUAAAUAGCACGUUCAGAAUAGAUUAACUGGAGUUGCAGUUGUCUGUUCAGGUGCAUCCUGCUCAGAAAUGCCUCCAGUUCUCAGCUGGGCUGGUCGGAUGUUGUUAUUUCACAGGUCAGCGCAGGAUCAGUGCCCACCGCGGUCUGCGGCACGAGCUUCGAGCCUGCACGGCCAGGCUGCCCCAGCGAGGGUGGGUCGGGCAGCCGACUGUCUGCUCAAUUCCAUCCGCUCCUCUUCCCAUGCUUCUCUUAGCCUGUAGCUGUCAGAGUCUGUAAAUUCAGCCCUUACUGGAGGUGAAUCGAGUGCUGGAAAUAGAAGCCCAGUGGGGUGAGGCUGCGUGCUGAUUCAGAGAGGCUGCAGGAGCUGUCUAAAUCGGAAGGCGAAUUCUCUGCUUUUGCACGUCUAGGAUGAGUAAUCCUCCAAGUUAUGACUUGGAGGGGACUGUAGCAACUGAGCCCUAAAUGUAGAGCUCCCUGCUGCUUUAGCAACCAUAUGUCGCACGCUGCCCUCAGCCGAGAGCUAAGCAUCUCUCUCUGCUCUGGGCAUCGUCUGCCCUGGCUGCAUCUGAGGCUAAAAAUAGCAAAGGGUUGCAUAAAUUGUUAGCUGCGGGUGCUGAGCACCUUCUUCUCUGGGCGAGAGCGAGUUGCCCCCAUUUUAACGCUAGUUCACAGUCUCCUCUAACAGGAGAUGAAAGAGGAGAUAAUAAAAACCUAGUGGAGGAGAUCGAGAAAAACAGAAAACCUGUGGUGAUGGGUCUCUCUGAAGGCUUAUAAAGCCAUAUGGCUCUAAACCGGAGAGGGGCAGCUUUCAGCUAGGCAGAAGGAGGAGUUUCUUCAUGAUGAGUGGGACAGGUUUGCCAGGGAAGUGGUGGCUGCCCCAUCCCUGGAGGGGUUCCAGGCCAGGUUGGAUGGAGUUGGAGCCCCUGAGCCAGUGGGAGGUGUCCCUGCCCAUGGCAGGGGUGGGACUGGAUGAAGGUCCCUUUAAGGACCUCUUUAAGGUCCCUCUUUAAGGUCCCUUCCAACCCAAACUAUUCUAUGAUUCUAAUAUGAUUUUUUUAUAUGCUGCCUGGGGGUUCACUGCUCAAAGCCAUCAAUAGUGUUUUGCCCAAGCAAAAGCAAACCGGCGAAGCAAUGUAUGCGAGAAGUCCAGGCUGAGUUUUAUUGCAGACUGGGGCACAGAAGAAGGUCUCGGGGAAACAGCUGGGUUACCAAGAGAGCAAACAACGAGACAAAGCAGUCAUGCAAAGCCAGUGCUGGCAGGGUGGCCGAGCCAAAGCCUGUGGUUUUGCUUCUCUUGCAUAAAAAAAUUGCCUUUUUCUUAGAGACGCGGUGCAAGGCCAAAGGGUGCAGAGCAGGGUAAGGUGUAGUGAACCUGUAGUGUUGUUACAAAUUUCAUGAUGUGCUUGGUUGCUCUUUCUUUUCCUCUACCAAUAUGAUGUAGGUUAGAUUUCUGUAAACAAAUAUAUUUCCAGGGUUCACGUGAUGUCAAAGCAUUUAGUGGUUUGGCCCCAUCCUUAGCCAGAUGAUGAGAAUUAAUGGUGCAUUCUGUGCCCUUGCAAAUAAAAGCAUGGAUGAGGAAAGCAUAUGCCUAUCGAUUAGUUAAAGGAAAUCUCUGUUUGAUGAAGCCUGCUUCUCCAUACUUCGCUUCUUACUUGGAAACCUGUUUAGGAUUAUUAGAUUUAUGCAUUUACAUGGCAUGUUUUAGGGAUUAAAAUGUGACAAUCUAGUAGUUUAAUGAGAUGUUUUCUCUAAGAUAUCUGGAAUAGUUAGAGGAGACGAUGCCCCAAACCCUUGCAUAAUGUACGUGUGAACUGCCCGCAUGUCCCAAAGCAAAAAUAUCCUCUCAUUUCUAAUUCUAUAGAAGACUUAAGCAUGACAACUGUUUUCAAGGAUGAUGGUUGUUCAUAUUCUAUAUAAUUAGAGUGAGACUGGCUGUUGUAUAACUUAGGGAUUGACUAUGACUCUAAGCUGGGCUGAUGGGGCAUAAGCCCUGCCAGGGACUGAACAUCCCUCAGUGCUCGUUCCCUCCUUGCAAUGAUGAAUGUCUGCUCACCUCAAUCCACAUCUCUCUGGGAUAUUUUACACUUGACCACCCCCGGAGCGCCGCCUGCCAGUUUGGCUGAACUUGGAGCUAUUUUAGUGUUAGACAAUAUCGAUGCGCAUGGAAAAGACGAGGUGGGAAUAAAGCAUCGCUGACAGGGGUUGGGGGGUGUGGUAUCCUUACGUUCAUGUGCCUGGAGAAAAUCUGGGAAUCAAAGGAGUGUGUGUUUGUCCAGAUGUCUUGGUAUAAAGGUGACCGUGGGUCUCCGGUACAAGGGUACCGAGAGGUCUGAGGAUGCCAGGGAUGGCGCAAGGAUGUACUCAACAGCUUUUGUGGUGGUUUAGGUCAGUUCAGUGUUCUGUUCAACAAAACCCUUCAACAAUUCCAGCCUAGAACCACAGAACCAGUUAUUCUCAUCACAAUGUGUAAAUGAAAGUCAAUAUGCGGGUAUAUGACUGCCCUGCGCACCACAGCCUCUGACGGUCAGAGGUUCAGGACUCAAACCCAAAGGGAAGAAUAUGAUUGUCUAUUCCAAUUUCUGGUGAUUUUGGCAGUCCUUCUGAGAAAAAUGUUUGAGGGAGCUCCACAGCUUUCCAUGCAGUGAAGUAUCUCACGUUAGCUUGUUUUUCCCUCUUCCGCAACUUCAGAUGCAAGCAUGGAAUUAAGUCCAGAGCUAAGUGAUGUGGCACGUGCAAUCAGGGGUCUUCACUGCUGUGCCAACCAUUUGUCUUUCCCGUACCAAGUGCCAGACCCUUCUGUGGGAUCUCUCAACAGAAGAACUCCAAGUGCAUUGCAAAUCAUAAGCAGCAUAAGCUGCAUUCCUUCUCUGAUCGCUGAAACAAUGACAGCUCUGGAGUGCAGUCCACUCUUAAGAGCAGUUAGGAGAACUGCAUAAAGUUUAAAGAGUCAAAACUUGCUUGGUUUGGCCCCGGCCAUCUCCUGAACGCCCCCCAUUUCUCAGGAAGGGCUGUCAGAUCUUCUUUUUUUUACAUCCUAGCAGGAACUUGCACAGGUAAGUUUGCCUCAGCCACCAAAAAGUGCCUUCAGGAGCACAGCACCUCCUGUUGUUCUGCGAUAACCAAGUGUUUUCCGAGGAGAAGAGCCAUUACUAUAACUUCAGCAUCCUUUUCUGUGCUAAUCCUGGGUUUUUUUUUUCAUUGAUUCCUGUUGACACCUCUUGAUAUCAAAAGAGAUUUCUAGCAACUUUCUAUAGGCUCCUCCCUCAACAUUAAAUUUGGUUAAAAACUGGAUGUGGAAAUAACUUAUAAGGCUUGCUUUUCUUAAAUUAUGUGUAAAGAUCUCCUUAAGGAACCAAAUACUUUAAAAGGACAAGUCUUUGAGACAGGAGAGUGUCCUGAUGUGAGAUCAUUUGGUCGUGUAAUGUUCGAUGCACCAGAAAACAAAACUAUUUAAACACGUUCCCCAUUGCUGCACAAUUACACUUUGUGUAUAUUCAUGUAACACCUUCAGUGGAGUCCAAGGUGUGUAAUUUGGGCUUGAAAUGGGCUUCAGAAUCUUAUUUUUGUGAUAUUUUAAAAUUAUAUGAGACAA